AUGGAUAAAAUUUCUUCCCCUGAUUUAAGUGAAUCUGAAAAGAUAUUACACUAGAAUCCUUACAAAUCUUGCCCACAGCAUCCAAAUAGAAAAAUAGAAUACAUUUACAAUGACUCUUAAAAGAAAAAAUAUUUAUGUUGUUGUAAUUGUGUUAUAAAUAAAGAUAUUUAGCAGAAUAGAUUAAUAUGCAUUCAAGAUAUAUUAGAAAGCAAUGAAACAAGUAUAUUUUAAAAUUGGCCAUUCACAGAUUCAUAAGAAGAUUAGUCAUUCAAAUAAGAAGUUGAAAAAAUGAUUUAAUCAAGCUCAUAAUCAUGUUAGCGAGCUAAAUAGAUAGAGGACUUCUUUAAUUAAAUGGCAAAAAGGGUAGAAGAGACAAUUAUAAAAACUAAAAAGAAUAUGUUAGCUAAAUUAAAUAGUCUCUUUAAUUAUGAAUAAAGAAUAUAAGAGGAAUAUUGUAUUUAUUCUGGUUAGUAAAAUUUAAAGGAUAUUGCAAAGUAAAUAGAACAAUCUUAUGAAGAAAAAACUUAAAGUCUAAAGUAGACAUUUGAGUAUUUGCAAAAAAUUAAAAAAACUUAGCAGUAAAAAAUUUAAGAAAUAAUUAAAUAAUCAAAUAAAGAAUAAAGUUAAUUAAAUUUAGAGUAACCAAAAAAAAUGGAAGAAUUAAUUCUUAAAUACAUAGAGAAAAUAGAUUGCUUUGAAAAUAAAUAAUCAACAGCCAAUUUUUAAUUCGAUACAUCCAAAAAUAGCAACUCUUAAAUAAUUUUAAAGUUAAUAAAUAAUAGGUUUAAUAAUUGUCCAGAUAACUUUUUAGUUUAAAUAAGGUAAAAAAUAGAAUUUCUCUCAGACUACUUUAAUGAUUUAGAGAUAAAUGAAGAAUGGAAAUAAAAUUUAUAUUAAAAUGAUUUAGAUAAAUUAAAGACAGGUGCUUUUAAGAUGUUUGAACACAUGACAUAAAUGUUCUUAAAAUAAAAUACUAGCAAUAACUUAGAUAAAAGCUCAUCCUAUAUUUAAGAUAGAGAUAAUUUAGAGAGUAUUAUUAAUUUAAUUAGUAAUCCUUUUAAUUAUUGUAGAGAAAAGUAUAAAGUAUAUUUAAUACAGGAAUUUAAUCAUUUAGCAGAAUAUUUAAGUGUAUUAAAGAUACCAAGAUAAUAUGAAACUUAAGAAGCAAGAGACCUACAUGAAAAAGUACUUGAAUUGUAAGAACCAGUUUUUAAAGAAGUUAGUGAGCUAUUAAUCAAAUUAAAUCCUAAACUGAAUCAUAAUGAAAAGCUCGAUUUAUAAUAGCGCAAAUAGAGACUUGAAAAAAAUUUUGAAAAUCCAAAUCAAGGUUUAGUAUAAGAACCUUUAUUGUCUAAACUAAAGGAAUUCUUAUAAAAUAUGCCUUAAAUAUAUAUUACACUAUUUUAUAAAGACUAAACUAUGUAUGAUUUUCCUUUGAGCAUUAAUUCUUAUAAUUUGUCUGAAAAAUAAAUUAAUAUGAUCAAUACUCUAACUAGAAAAAUAUAAGAAAAUAAAAAAAAUAAUAUAUAAAUUUCGGCAUUAACAAACCAUUUUCUUAGCUUUUUAAAUUGCUAUAAGAAUUACAAUGGACAUAAAGAUUACACUUAUGAAAUAAUAAAAAAUAUACCUAUCUUUGAUUCAUUUUUUGAAAUGCAAGUUCCAGUUUACAAAAAUAAAGUGAAAUUGGAAUUCGAAAGUAAAUCUUAUGGCUUAGAGAAAUAAGGCAUAGUAAUAUAAAGGUAAAAUAUGUAUGGUUAAAACUCAAUAUGUAUUUAAAAGUAGUCAGAUUCAUGUGUUUUCUCAAAUAUAUUAAAUACUAGAACAAAUUAUAUUAUCUAAGUUAAAUUUAGUGAGGCAAUAGGAACUAAGUACUUUUAAUUUGGUUUUGAAGAAAUGACAAAGCUCUAACAAAAACUGAAUGCGUAUGAUUGUUUUUUCAUAACUAGCUUAAAUAAAGACUAUGUUGAAUAAAUAAGAGGAAAUAAGUAAUAUUUAGCUGAUUUCAUUUAAUAUAGAGACUAAAUUGAAAUAAGAGCAUGCUUUACAAAAAAAAUUAUUUAUUUAACUGAUUUUCCUUCAUAUAAUUUUAUCUACUAAAUUAAAUUAAAUAAUUUUAGCAGCGAUUAAAUCAGUUUUGUGAUAAGGAUAGGAACAAGUGUUAAAGAAUAUUAAAUUCAUGUAACUGAUUGUUAUUAGGUUGAUGAAUAUUUAUUGUAAUACUUUGAAUAAUAAUGA